AUGACAAUGAAAGAAAGCCCCAACUCAUCCAACUCAUCCAAAUCAACCCCAACCAAACCCCACCAUCAUCGGUAUCUAAAACCAGGAGCACUUGCAAAACUCAGAGACUCAAAAAUCACCGCAAGAAACUACGCUACUUCGAUAAGAAUCGACAACAUGUAUUUAUCUCAACUAUCAUCAUCAUCACCAACAACAUCCGAUUCUUCUCCUAUCCAAAAUGAAGAGAUACAACAAAAUCACGACAAUAUGGUUCCUUCCUUUGAUUCUCAUGUUAGUUUCAUUAACCGCCCUGUUUGUAUUGCAAGGAAGAAACUCUUUGCCGUUCCCCCCGUUUUUACUCCUCACACCGACACUUACCCGUUUUAG